AUGAUUCUGACCAAAUUAGGAACUUGUUUUGCAGAGGGUGAAUCUUUGAGGGGUGAUGUUGCCGACUUGCUCCCAGCAGCAGGUAGAGCGACCGUCACAGUGUUUCAGCCACCUCUGCUGAUGCAUAGAAGCAGCGACCCACUCGUGGCAUCCGACUUUGACAAACCUGCUAAUAUAAAACCCCUGGAGAGCGUGAACAAGAUGCGCGCCAAGAUACAGACAGUUCGGCGACUCCCGUCCCGACGUGGAGUCAAGCCCAACGUAAAGAACUCCAGCAGCAUGCCUGAAGACUUGUCGGGGAGAUCUCCCACUCAGCAGCAGAAGCAGCAGACGGGGCGCCCUUCCUCCAUAGCAAUGCCUAUAGAUAGUUCUGGCCUGUUCAGCGUACCUAGCAGAGUGAAACCUACUGUCGCUACGGAAAGCAAGUCCAAGAGGGAUGAAUCGAGAACGACACUGUUUACUGAUGGUGAAAAGAAGCCACUGAGUGAGAGUGUGGACCCGUCUGCAGCAGCAGCAGCGCCUUCUAGUGGCAUAAACAGUGGUGCAUCCAUUAUCCCUGCCAAAGACACAAUCACUUCCUUAAAGACUGUCACCGAGAUAUUGAACCGUGAUGACGUCAACCGUUCCUCAACGACGACAUCUGUGCAUAAGCCUGCGUCUGAUAAAGCACCAUCUAGUUCCAAUGUGGUUACUAGUGCUAUGCUAAGUCCAGCUAAUGCUGCAAGUGCUGCUGUCACUUAUCCCCCAAAACACAUUCCCUGUAGUGUUCAGCCGGCAGAAGUGUCAGCCAGAAGCAAACCUGUCACUGACGACUUAUUCACUGCAACAUAUGACGACGUUUUUGCUAGAGUUAAUAAGUCUAAAAAGUCUAUGCCAGCGAAUAUGGACAAAAGUGAUCUGCCCAGGCCUGUGCCUUCUAAAAAUAUGAAUCAAACUAGCGCAACCAAACUAAAGAAGUCGUCAACGAGUGGUACAUCUCCUGUGAGAGACAUCUUUGGCGAUGAUGACAAUGAAAUUUUCUCUUCAUCUUCAAGCGCAUUGUCAACGAAGCCAAGAUAUAUUCAGCCAACUGUUUUGGUAGAGAAAGGCAUCCGAGAUAGGCAGAGAGAUGUACAGAAGAAAAUGGUUGCGAAUCUGCCAUUUGCUGAGGAUGAUUUGUUUGUCUUGCCUGUGGAACCAUCAUCUAUUUCAUCACAGCAUCCUUGUCUGCCACCUGGGGAUAACGUCUUUGAAGGUGACACAGACAUAUUUGCUGACAUGCCGGCAAGCAACGUAAAGAGAAGGAAAGAGGAAAGGAAACCAGCUAAAUCUGUUAAAGCAACUGACACUUCUCUGUUCACAGAUAAUGUUGAUAACAUAUUUGGAGGUGCCAGUACCAGCAAAAAGCCAGCGGCAAAAGCGACAGUGAAAUCUGGAACAAAAAGUCUCCAGAAGGUGGCACCGAAGAAUGCUGUUGCAGCCAAGUCCAUCUUUGAUGAUGAUGUCCCUGACAUCUUUGAUGAUCCAUUAAAUGCUAAGUAAGUGAUGCAUUAAGUAACUGCUGCUCACCUCCUCUACAACAUACUAGAAAUCAUGUCAUAACAAAUGUGCUUCCAUGAACUGUAGGCAAAAGAUUUCAGCAGGCCUCUUGCAUAGGAAAUGCUAGUGUUCUUGUCAGGGGAAAAAAUAACUUUUUUUUCAUGGGAGCUCUUUUUCAAGUUUGUGGGAAAAAUUUGCUCUUGUGGGAAAUUUUACGGGGGCUAUUUUGAGCCUCACGGGAGCGAUUCGCUCAUUGCUCUCAUGUAUUUUUUUGCCCUGGUUCUUGUUACGUUUUAAGAUACCAGUGAUGCGCCAA